AGAGUAGUGAAGCUCCAAGGACCAGUCCAGUCGUCGAAGACAAGGGUGUCCCAUAAGCUUAAUCAACAACUCAGGCCAGCGGUUUCUGGAAGCGCCAUAUACAAUACAUUCUCGCAAUGGCUGAUCCGGCGAUUCAGCUCGCCGAGACGAUUCAGACCGCGAGCAUUGAGCGGCAUCCGUCCCCCAAACAUGAUCUCAACCCCUCCACCACAGCCAGUGCCAAGGAACCCGUCAGCGUUGCGGCUUCUCCUACUGCGUCGGUUGUUUCCUCAGAAGAGAUCCCAGAGUCUGUACUUCGACCGCACCCUCGAAAGUCAACAUUACCGCCUUUGCCCGACCUGCGAUUCGAGCAGAGUUUCCUGAAAAGCAUCGAAGGCAAAGAGACCAAAGCAGCUGUCGCAUGGGUAGUUGUCCGAGACCAGGUCAUUCUGCCGCUCGUUCAGGGCACAUUAUGGACACUCCUUCUGAGUGGCUGGCGUUACUGGAAUAGAUCCGCAAAGCUCAGCGGUCAGUCAGUGGGUGCACGCAUUCGUCGUUGGUGGUGGGGUGUCAACAACUGGCCUAUUCCAUCACGGCAAGAGCGAAAGGCAUCCGAAGUUGGCGACUUUUUCAAAGCCAAGUUUGGAAACGCUGGUGCAGACUAAUAUCCUAGAUUGACUUCAUGUGUAUAAGAAUCGGAACAUUGCAUAGAGUUGGGCGUUAGGGCGCAAGACCGUCUUAAAGGAUGAUUCAGCACGGGAUUUUCACGUAAAUAAUUUUUGGAGGUAUUUGAAUGUCUAAAAGACUAUAAAAAUCUUUGGGAAGAGGUGCUAUAUGACUUUUCUAUAGUCGCCAUUACCGUCCUCUGUUAAAAAUAUAAAUUCAACCCCUC